AUUAUACCUCCCUGUUCCGUCCGAUCCAGAGACGUGUAUAUAUUUUAAACUGAGAGUGAUAUUCUGCCUGCAUACACUUUCAUACUUUCUUGUCGUUUCCCCUCAACAUGGCUUCAAUCGCACCUUCUCAGAACGGAGCAGCCACACCAGCUGUACCAGUGCCAGUUUGGCGCCCUCAACAGCAACCGUCAAAAAUUCCAAUAAACAAAUACCGAGCUCAUAUCAAUAACAAAUUUAACACGCAGCUCCGCGAUUCCCAUGAGCUACAAAAAUGGAGUGUUACGCAGCCGCAUGAUUUCUGGAUUGACCUCUGGUCCUAUGUCGGCCUAGUACCUGAUCUCCCUCCCGGAACAUCGCGAGCGUACAAUCCAGAGAUUUCUAUGACAGAUGUUCCACCGUUUUUCGAGAAUGCAACUAUUAACUACGCUGAAAAUGUUCUCACCCAGCCAGAUGUCAAGCCGGAGUCCAUUGCUCUUAUUGGGCUUCGCGAAGGAAAUAGCCUCGACGGAGAGAAAUGGUCAUGGGCGACACUGAGAGAAAAUGUGCGAAAGGUUAGGAGUGGCUUGCUACGAAGCGGGAUCAAGGAGGGCGACAGAGUGGCGGCUUUGAUAUCCACGUCUACUUGGUCGAUUGUUGUGUUCCUAGCUGCUGCCAGCAUAGGGGCCGUCUUCACGUCGAUAGCCCCAGACUUAGGAGUCGAGGGCUGCAUAUCCAGACUGCGACAAGUGACCCCAUCCAUCUUGUUUGCAGAUAGCCACGUCACAUAUAAAGGCAAGCAAAAAUCUAAUGGUGCCAAAAUCUCGAAUAUCGUGGACAAACUCGCAAUUAAGACAGAAGUCGUUCUCAUUCCUACCGCAAGGGUCGAGCAGACCAAUUUUUCAACACUGGACCAUUUUCUCUCUCGGUCAAAAUUGUCCGACAAGCUUCAAUUCGCCCGAGUCUCAUUUUCGGCUCCUCUCUACAUCUUGUACUCCAGUGGAACUUCAGGGCCGCCCAAGUGCUUAGUUCACCAGCAUGGAGUUAUUAUGCAGCACAAAAAAAUAGCAAAGCUGCAUAACUCUCUCAAGCCAGGAGAAGUUGUGUUCCAAUAUUCUAGCACGUCAUGGGUCCUUUGGAAUAUCAUGGUUGGGCAUUUAUCUGCAGGAACUACUCUUGUAUUAUACGACGGAUCUCCUACCUGGCCAAAUCCUCAACAAAUGCUGAAAAUCAUCGAGCAACAUAAGGUUUCUUACUGGGGGGCAUCGCCAAAAUAUCUCCAGGCACUAGAAUCAACCCGAUGCGUACCAAAAGAGGAGUACGAUCUCUCGUCACUAAGAAUGGUCCAGUCAGGUGGAGCUCAUUUAGCAGCGGAACAAUAUCACUGGUUUUAUCGUGCAUUCCCUGCAGACAUCCACUUGACCAGCGUUACUGGCGGAACAGAUAUCGUAACAUCAUGGAUAUGCACUGAUCCUGCUGGCCCAUUAUAUGCAGGAGAAAUUCAGCUCAUAGCUCUAGGCCUCGAUAUCGACAUUGCGGAUUCUGUGACUGGAGAGUCAAUCAGAGGUACGGGCGAAUCUGGGGAGAUGAUAUGUCGGCAACCUUUUCCGUCUAUGCCAGUUUUUAUGUGGGGAGAUGAAGGCAAUGUCAAGUACAAAGAAGCAUAUUUCGACAGAUUCGACUUUCCCUGUUGGACGCAGCAUGACUGGGCCAGCUUCAAUCCAUUAACUGGCGGCGCCACAGUGCAUGGUCGGAGUGAUGGGGUUCUAAAUCCGCAAGGCAUUCGAUUUGGAUCUUCAGAGAUUUACUCAAUCACAGAAGCACCCCCAUUCAUAUAUACCAUCGCAGCAACCUUGUGCAUCGGAAGGAGACGGAAGGGCAAAGACUCCGACGAGUCUGUAUUCCUCUUUGUGGUCAUGCGAUCUGGUGAGAACCUCACCGAUAAGCUACUGGGACAACUCAAGACUGCCAUUCGAACGAGUUUAAGUGCCAGGCAUGUCCCUAGAUACAUCAUACAGGUGGACGAUAUCCCAAUGACGAUGAACGGAAAGAAGAUUGAAACUCUUGUGAAGCAGAUUAUCUGUAGCGGCGAAAUGCCAAAGCAAGUAAGUAGCACGGUGGCCAAUCCCGAGUGUCUCGAUAAAUUCAUAAAGUUUUACUCGGUGGAAGAGAGAAUGUCGAAGCUGUAA